AAACCAAACAUAAAAACAUAAAAAUAGAAUUUGAAGAGUUUGAAGUAAUGUAACGUAUUUGAGAUAAUUUUUGUCUGCCCUGUCUAGUGAUCAUGACCACGAGUGCAGCGCUCGCCGCCGGAUGGAUCCCCUUCGUUGUUACCUUGGUUAUUAUUUUCUCCAUCUUCGCUAGCCAAGAGUUUUCGGUCCAUAAAUGAGAAGUGGAUUGAACUGAAAACCCUUGGCUAGCUGAUCUUGUUAUUUUCUGUUGCGUACGUGAAAUAUUUCAUAAGUAAGAGGGAUGGUACAAUAUCUACGACUGUGUCCUCGGUGGUGGCGCUCAGCGUAACCCUUCUGACCACUGCUCUCAUCCCAGUUGAUGUCUUCUUGGUGUCGUUUAUGAAAAACACCGAUGGAACUUUUAAAGAUUGGGCUUUGAGUAACACAACAAGGCAGUCAUUGGAAAACUCUGUAUCGGAUGCUUAUUAUUCACUGUAUGGUCUGAUUGUGUUUUGCCUUUUCCUUCUACUGCCUUUUAUGUACUUCUUCUAUGAAGAGAGAGAUGAAGAGUCCACAGUUAAAUCUAGGAUGUGUUCAGCCCUGAAGUUUACCAUUGUCUCCUUUUUCAUCAUCCUAACUCUUUUGUUAGUUGGAGCUUUUGUUGGAGUGAAUCAUGGAGCUCCACCAGCGAGCGGAAACAGCACAGACCAGUGGAAGAGGAUUGCUGACAUUUUCAAAGAUUUCACCAAUACAUCCAAAUUAGAGGAUGCCCUGUCUUUCGUUGUCAGUGUGUUGAGUCUCCUAGGGAUGAUAGCACUCAUAAUGUACUCAGCCUACGGGAUGUCAGCCCUGCCAAUGUCAUUGAUAAAGGGAACAAAAAGUGCAAAAACAGAAAGACAAGCUGUCCAGGGUCGAAGGUCACGGAUAAGUGAAAGAUCGAGGGCCAUCCGGGAUAAGUAUUCCACACGAGGCUCCUCUACACGGAAUCGAGACCGCGUGGAAGUUCUGGAUGAAGAGGAGAGGUUACUGCAGAGGGAGGAAAAGCACCUCGAGGCCAAGGAGCGGAGCAUCCUACAGAAGUGUCUCCUAGUGCUGCGCCCGUUCGAGGUCGUGUUUGGAGCUGCCUUCUUUCUUGUGACUCUGUUGAUUUUUGUGUCCCUGUUGCUUACAAAUAUUGACAAGGCCAUCCAUGGACAGGGUUACAAGUCAGGCUAUGCCUUACCAAAGAGAUUUCUCCCCAACCCAGUGGACAUAGUUCUAGUCUUCUGUCAAAAGGUGUUCCCUCUGGAUUACAUCAUGUUUGCAGCUCUGGUUCUCUAUCUGGUGUUCUGCUCAAUGUCUGGUGUAAGGAAUAUCGGAAUCUGGUUUCUUUGGCUCAGAAUGUACAAAAUACGACCCCGUAGGACCCGCCCACAGGGAAUUCUGAUGCUGUGUAUGAUUAUGAUGUUUUUGACUCUGGCCAUCAACAUCAUCAUUUAUGAACUGACUCCACAGUACUCAUCAUUUGGAAGCCAAAGAUAUGUGACAACUAGUGGAAAUUCCACAAAGCUUGCAUCCUGCACGACAGAAGCAACAGCAAAUGACUGCACCAUAACCAGAAUGACUCUGCUGUUGACGAGCUUCUUCUACAGAAUGUGGUUCUUUGGGGCAGCGUAUUACUGGGGAACAUGGGUGUUUCUAGGGUUUAUCCUGAUUGGGUUCGUCAUUUCUGUGAUUAAGAAAAGGAAGUCGUCCAUUGAUGGUGAAGUGGAUCGGGAUGACUUUGAUGAGAGUGAUGAGGAAUUGUUAACAGGAUGAAUAGAUGCGAUGCGGCUACAAUACUGAGAGUGUUAAUGUGUAGUGUAUCAACAUUGAUGUACAUUGUACAUGUGUAUGAGAGAGAGAGAGAAAGAGAGAGAGAGUAAAUUAUUCGUAAAUUAUUCAUAAUUGAUAACAAGAAUCUUAUUUAAUGUGAAUGACAUGAUCUUACUGACAUGACCAUAUUGAAUAUUAUAUUCAAAUGCGUAUGUACAGAUAUAUACAGGUGUACACAUGUAUCACUAUUUACAUGUACUGUGAACACGGUCAUAACGAACCUCUGGGGCCAGCGAAAAACAGUACGAUAUAACUAAACUUUGUUAUACCCAACAGAAUUUUUGAGAUUUUCCUCUGAUGGAGGAAUAAAUGUCACUUCACUAUAAGCGUGAAUUCGUUAUAAAUGUGUUCAUUAUAAGUGUGUUUUACUGUAUGUUGUACCAUGUGUGUGCUACAUUUAUUUUACGUAGUUUUACAUUUGCUAAAGACUUGUUCAGUAUAGUCUGUACAUUGCUUUGGAGGUCGGUCAUGGUUCAUUUAGCGUUGCUCAGUAUCAGGAGAAAAAAAUGUGAUGUCACUGCUGUCUGGAAAAGAUUGAUGUACAGAAAACAAAAGACAAGAAAGGGCAUCUUCAUUUUUAGUGGAUAUGACCAGACUGCAUCAGCACAAUUAUAUCAGUUGAUUCCGUCACACCAGUAUCUUGGUGCAUUUUUACAGUUUAGCUUUUUCAUCUUCACGAGGAGGUUACGUCGUGCUGCUCUAAUCAUCAUACUUCAUGUAGCUUCCUAUACUGUAUACAGCUUUACUUUGGCCACCUUUUUUUUUUUAAAUUUAUUUUGUUUUGUUUUUCAAGUUUUUGCUGAAGUUAGAGAUACUGCAAUAAGGAAUGCAAAAAUAAGACCAGCUUUAAAAUGAAACGAAAACAAAGUUUGCCAUGAGAAUGUAAAAAAAUAACUGGGAAUUUACUCAUUUUGACUGUAUUUAUGAUAUUUCUCGAGGUAAUGUUUUGUUUAUUUUUGUGCAGCAUUUACAAAAUUUAAACUUGAAUUGUUUUGGACAAAUCUUUUCACGUUAUAUUACAAUUUUUUCCACAGAGUUAUCAUUAUGUGCUUUCACUUUCAAGAUUAUUGUAAAACCUGCUUUAUUGAACUGUUAUAAGAUAUUGUAAUUGAUUUUGAACUUUUGACCUUUAUUGGUUUAUACUGAGCUGUUAUUGGUCCAGAAAUCGAUGUAUUAUUUUGCUGAUUGGUUAUGAACAAAGAUUACGAUAACAUCCAUUGAGAAAAAGAUUGGAAAUUAAUGUUUCCGAGUGUAAACACUUUCAAAUUAAUUGUUUAGAACAUUGCAGUAAAAAAAAUCGGCCAUCUGCAAAUUGGAUUGUUACCUUGAAUUGAAACGGUUACUGGGGCGUAUGUGAAGUUAGAAUGACAGCUCUGGAAUGGUGUUUAUAUUAUCAUGAGAACUUGUUCUUAUUUUCAUAAACAUAAUAAAUUUUUAUGAAAAAUUGUCA